AGCGCUAGUCAUCUCAGAGGUGCCCCUAAAUGGAGGCACUGAUUUAAGAAUAAUCGACUCGUCGGCCAGUUAAAACGGCCUUCCGGGGAUGAAGACAUUGGCCUUCGGUUCACUGGUCGAGCUGGUAACCGAUUGGUCGUGGUGUUGGCCGGGCUGGAACCGACCCCUGGACCCAGAUCUUGAGCCGACCCCUGUCAGCCAACCAUGCCGACCAGGGGCAGGGUGCUGCCGCUGUGGUCAGAGCCGCGCGCCACCAACAAAACACCCGGACACAAAGUCGACAGAGUUGUGGGGCAUCAACUUCAACCUUCCAGGGCAGGUGGCUCGCUCUCCGACGACGAGCGGUGCAACCGCGGCCGCCAGCAGAACCCGUUUCUUGACAGCCAGUUCGCUGCCGGACUACGUUGCGAUACAUGCUACCCUGCAAUGUCGACCUUUGCCUUUCUGGACAGCGCUGUCAAUUCUGGAGCUUUCUCAUUGGUCUUGUCUCCCUGGAGACUUUUGUUUUGGAGAUGCCGAAGACAGUCCUCACGCAUUAUGGACUCUCAUGUCAGGCCUGGUCCCCGGUCAUGGCCACAACCGGCACACCCUGUCGAGUGACUUGCAAGGGUUACGGAGGGUGGAUGGACUGUCAUGCCGGUGCUUGCUGCUGGGCUGUAUAUCAACAAUCGUCAACCCCCCAUCACCGUCUCUUCUCUUUCCCCUAUCAUCCAGCUCGCUCUGUUCAGAGGCUCUUUUCCGUUCCAUUCUUAGUCUAACACACCGAGGCAAAGUCAUUCGCUUCUUUUCCUCGCCCUUUCGUUCUUGACAGUUCAUUGUUCAUACUGUCGUUGGCUAGCCCACUUCUCCCCGCUAUAUUUGAGAGCGCUAGUUCCGCUCAGAUACGUUUUCAGACACCAGUCCAUCGUUCCCAGUUCCACCUCAAUUUGAAAACAGAGCACCCCUUCAAUAUGAAGACCACCGUUCAAUUUUUGGCCCUCGCCGCCGGCGUGACGGCA